CGGUCCAAGACCACCCGUCUGCGGGUGCUGCGGCCAGGGCCCUGCCAGAGACGAGCCGCAGGACUCUGAAGGGGAGUAGUAGCCCGCCCCAGCGAGAGAGCCCCCCGCAGGACUUGGCGCCUUAGGUUUCCCCCCCUUCCUUCUUUGUGUUUAGGGUUCCCCCGUCCCCCGAUUCUUCCCCCCGUUCGUUCGCUGGUUCGGCCGGGUGCUCCCGUUCGCCGCGGAAACUUGCUUGCCUCCCUUGAUCCCUCCGCCGCCAGCACUCGGGCUCCAUCUUCAGGCCAUCCUCCGGGGCCUCGCUUCCCGCCGCCGCUCCUGCUGCUUCUGCUGCUGCUUGCUUCGGCUACUGGUGCUCAGUGCGCGCGCGCGUGCGUGGCCCGCUCUUUCCUGUCCCCCGCCUAAGUUGCCUUCUGUUUGCGUUGUGCGUCCGUCAAUCUCGGUCGCUGGUUUCGUUACCCCGGUCCCGUAGGCUCGUCACCCGAGCAGCGGCCUGUCCCGUCGUCCGGCGGGCACACGCAUCGACCCCCGUGUCUCUCGCCUGCGCCCCGCUUGGAAGCCCGAGAGCAGCUCACUCCCCGGUUCCGCCGCACCACUUUUCGCCUGGGUUCGUAUACCGUUCGGUUCCUUGCGUUUUAAGACUUGGUUUAUGCAAGACUCGGUGUCAUCUCUUGAGUUGUUCUAGUCUUGCCUGUUGCACGAUUACUUCUCCUUCCCCGCAACCCCGCCGUACAGUCCCCGCACUACGUGACAAUCGCCCCCACCAGAGUUUCAACCGGUGGCUUCUCUCCCCGAGUCUCUGUCGAGGCCCGCAGCGGUCGACCGAAAGCCGGCGCGCCACGGGGCUCUCUUGCACACGAAUCGGCCGCGUCAGUGAGCGCUAGGGACACUCGUUCGCACCGGGACUCGAUCAACCCAAGAGCGUGCUCGGGUGUACAGCCGAAGCCGGGACUCGCCAGCGUCGUCGACCGUGCGCCGCCGUGUCAUGUGAUCCUGCCCCUCUCCUGCAGUCGUCAGCAGCACGAGGCGUGACACCGCCGCUCGCUCGACGAAAGCAGCAGCAGCGUGACCACGACGCAGGAGGACGCGCAGGAAGACGGCGGCGAGGACGACGGAGGCGGCCUGACCGACGACCAGCGAACAACUCGCGAGAGCGCCAUGCCGCAGACCGGGGUCGCCUGAGGGCCCUUACCGCGGGGCCCACGCCACGGACUAGGUGCGCACAGCGCCUCCCUCGAGCAAGCCGAACGUUCCGACCCGCGCAGCCGACGGAAUUCGAAAACCGGUCCACGAAGCAAAACGCCGCGUCCAUCCUCUUUCUGAGCAGCGUGACGCGCAUCCAAGAGGAACAAGUCUCGCAAGGCCUCGAGUCCCAUCCUUAGUUCCCUUGGUGCGAAGAAGAACCGUGAAGCCGAGCAGGGCUCCCUCCGGAGUCGAGCCGCACACACAAGCGCACCCGCCUGGUCGGAGCCACUCGGAAAAAAAAAAAAAAAGCUGCGCACGGCAUACACACACACGCACACCCCCCUUCGUCUUUCGAACACCCUCCCCUUCUCGACUCUUUAUCGCUUUGUUUCGGGGGCACGCGUUGCGAGCCCCCAUCGCCGUUCUUGAAAAAAAAGUGCACCUUCUCGCUGUCCCCCUACAGGAAGUGAUCGGCGAGCGCCUCGUCAUCGCCGACCGCUUUCUCUUCUGAAUCCCCGUCUUUUUCACACCUCACCGUUUUCUCGAAGAAUCCGAGUUCUCACUGGCUUUCGUGCUUGCGACAGAGCAGAGUCAUCCCCCUCGCACUCGCAAGAAGAGAGAAGCCCAAGCUGAGCCGCAGAUGUUUACGUCCAGCCCGGUCGCUGAAGGUGUCUUGACCGCCAAAUCCUGCAAACCGCACGCUGAGCGCAUUCUCUAUCUGAGCAGCCAGUGACGCGCUCCCUAGGAAAAAAAAAGCGCAGCCGCACGCGAGGGACCUUUCAACUUGAGCACGCGUCUCCGGAAGAUUUUUCUUGCACAGCGAAAGUUUCACACGCAGGCUGACGGUAUUUUUGAGAUGAGACAAGCGAUGGCGUUCAGUUGCUGGUCCUUCGUUCUCUUCGUGGCCGUCGCUGUCACCAGUGCCGGUCGGGAUAAUGGUCCAGCCCCCCUGCAGCCGGGACAAACGCAACGUGGACAAAACAUCACGCAGAUUCUGAAUGCCUUCUUUACACGUGGGUACGACAAGAGGGUGAGGCCAAAUUAUGGCGGCGUUCCAGUGGAAGUUGGCGUCACUAUGCAGAUUAUCAGCAUAAGUACAGUCUCUGAAGUACAAAUGGACUUUACUUCUGACUUCUAUUUCCGGCAAUCGUGGCGGGACGAGCGACUCUCGUUCCAGAAAAGCCCAGACCUCGAGAGCAUGACUGUGGGCGCUGAAGUGGCCGAGAAGAUCUGGGUACCCGACACCUUCUUCGCCAACGAGAAGAGCGCCUACUUUCAUGCGGCCACGACGCCCAACACUUUCCUCCGAAUCGGCUCCGGAGGAGAGGUUUUCCGCAGUAUUCGACUGACGGUGACUGCCAGCUGCCCAAUGGAUCUCAGAUACUUCCCGAUGGACAGACAAGCGUGCACUAUAGAGAUAGAAAGUUUUGGUUAUACCAUGAAAGACAUCCGCUACCGGUGGUCGGACGGCGACACGUCCGUCCGCAUCGCCAAGGAGGUAGAGUUGCCGCAGUUCAAGGUCCUCGGUCACGUCCAAAAAGCCAAAGAGGUUGCCCUCACGACAGGAAACUACUCCCGCCUGGUAUGUGAAAUACGGUUCGCCCGCUCCAUGGGCUACUACCUGAUCCAGAUCUACAUCCCGGCCGGAUUGAUCGUGGUUAUUUCCUGGGUCUCCUUUUGGCUCCACCGUAACGCUAGUCCAGCUCGCGUCGCGCUCGGCGUCACCACCGUGCUCACGAUGACCACACUCAUGUCCAGUACCAACGCAGCGCUGCCCAAAAUAUCCUACGUCAAGAGUAUCGACGUCUACCUGGGCACAUGUUUCGUAAUGGUGUUUACCGCGCUCCUGGAGUACGCCACGGUAGGAUAUCUCGGCAAGAGAAUCACCAUGAGGAAAACCCGCUGUCAGCAGCUGGCAAAACUUGCAGAGCAACACAGGCAGAGAUGCGCCGCCGCUUCUUCCAACGAGCCAAGCUCUGAGCCCUUGCUAGCCAGUCCUGAAGUAUCCAUUGUCAAGACGGUCGGUUCCUGUCAAGUUUGUCCUGCUGCGGUGGCAUCCCAAGGACAACCGAGGGAAGCACCACCAACCGGAUUUACCAUGGGUCGCAGAGGCGCAGACCAAUGUUGCCCUGGCCUCCAGGGUUCAUGUCAGGUCUGCCCCGCUGCGGUCGCCUCACAAACCCAACAACAGGCUCCUCCACCAGGGAUACCUAUGGAAGUACGUCUCAAAAUGGUUGACCCCAAAGGAUUCAGCAAAUCCUCGACUCUGGAGAACACCGUCAACGGCGCGCCGGACAUCGAGGCAGCGUUUUGCAAGAACCCCAACAAAUUAUUUGGCGUCAGCCCUUCCGAUAUCGACAAGUACUCCCGAGUGGUGUUCCCCGUUUGCUUCGUCUGUUUCAACCUCAUGUACUGGAUCAUUUACCUGCACAUCAGCGACGUUCUGCCGGACGACGUCGGCGACGACUAGUGCGCGCCUCGCCCGCUGCACGGCGCUGCCGUCGGCGGUGAUCAUGCGCGUGCGCGCGCACGGUUCUCCUCAUCCGAGAGAGAAAAUAGGUCGCCGCUCGUCCUCCUCCUCCCCUCUUCUGCGAAGUGUGGGAGAAGUGGCAACAGCAGCAAACAUGGCCCCCCGUAUCACCAACCAGCCGCGCAACGUCGCAGUAUAUGAAGCUAAAAACAGCACCAAAACGGUUAACAAAAUUCGGCCACCACCCCACCCGUGUGGCGAUUCCGACGGCUUUCGGGCCCCCGGGGAGCCCAGCCAGCGCGGCAGAGGCGCAUGCUCAGCGCGUCUCUCUCUCUCUCGAGUAGUUCAGCCUCACUUUCCUUUGCACGUGACGUCACUCUCGCUGGUGGGCGUCACAGGCGUCGUCUGUUUUCGAGACGACUAACUCUGACUCCCGCUGUGACGAGCGCGCUCGAUUGUGCUUUGAAGGAUCUCUCACGCCUAGAAGCUACUUUGGUGGACGAAUUAAAAAAAAAGAAAGAUAAGAAAAGAGCAAAACAAAGGAAGCUUUAUGCACCCGGUAAGUCAGUCGUAUUAUACAGUACGCUGUGUCUGAAGCCCAGCCAUCAAUCAGUAUCGCCCAUGAGCUUAUAGCGACUUACUCGCUCGUCGACGACGGUGCUUCGAGUGAAAGCGCCAGCCACAAUCCAAGUUUAGGUUAUGAGUGAAUAUUGCCCCCGCAUUGUCGAAACUUAUAUAUCGGCACUGCGCGCCACGUGUUGUCAGGGUAAUGACCGUAACAUUGUCCGUCCACGAGAGUUGCGUCACAACGGCUACGCGCAGCGACGCUCAUGCGCCUAAGCGGCGCUGGCUGGGCCCACCAAAAUCGCCCUUCGUUUGAUUGUUCUCUCUUUUCGGUCACUGCGUGCACUGCCUUACCCUCGGCUUCCGCGUGGUGUCUGCACGACUUCGAGGUGCGCUUUGCCAAUGCUGGCUCUACGGCCAAGCACCGCUGUCGAGAGUAUAGCCAGGAAAGGCAGACACGUGUCGUACUCCGCUUACCGCUUUUUCUUUCUUUUUUUUUUCUUAUUUCUUUACUAGCAUCUGGUUCACAAUCGUGGAGGUCGUUUUCGUCGAAACCGAAGAAAGAAAGGGGAAAGACAGACAGAAAAAAGUACACUUAUGAGUCGAAGCCUAAAUAAACGACCACAUAACAAUAGCGAUCGCAUUACUCGCUCCGCGCGAGCAGACCAUUGUCCCCGGAACGAAACAAGCAACACAAAAAAAAAGGAAAGAAAGAAAAAAAAAGGAAAUCAAAAUGGAACGCUACACGCCGAUCGGCUAACAAUGGCCAGGAUUGGAGGGAGAGUUUGAAUUCCCGUGUACGAUGUGAUUUCGCGUUCACGUUUCGAGCGUGAAGCCGCGCGUCAACGCUGUACUGGAAGGAAGCAGGGGACGUUUCCAUGACGUCGAGUGUCCGCGGAACGCGAAUGACAACGCUUGUUCAUGGUCCAUUUUCUAGAAAGAAUCCAACAAUGUUUAAGGGAGAACGGUGGAUGACAAGCAUGCGCAAUUUCUGUUGGGUCGUUGAAACCUUGGCCGCACCCAAGUGAGCGGCAGAAAGCAAACAGCAGCAGAGAACGAAAAACACUCAUGGCUAUAAUGUCUAAAGAGAGGAUAUCCUUCUCGAACUACUCGAGAAGAAUGUCGUGUACUGCAUGGCCGGAAGUCCCAAAACUACACCGUGUCUGUUGCGACAGCUAAACUUUCAUCUCUGUUGACAACGUGAACGGCAAGGUGGUUCUCUAUGCUGAGGUUCUUACCACAGCGUUCAUCUUUCUCUAUCUCUCUCUCUCGUCUGAUUUACUCGCCUAUAUAACUUGCUGCGCGCCCCCCGCACGUGUUACUAUACCGCAGGCAUCCCACGUAUUUUUCAUCUCGUUACCCCUUCUUCAUCAUUGUUGUAAAGUAAUGUCGUAGUCAAUGCUUUCACGCCACUGUUCGGAACCCAUCACGGGUAAUAAAAAAAAAGAAGGCGAUCUUGCUGAAAAGACGGCUUCGUGUGUUAACAAAAAAAAAAGUAAACGUUAUAUGCUAUACGCGAUUCAACAUCGAGUGUGUAUAUUCUUGUGCGUCGGUUGUGAACCCUCUCGUUCCUCGUGCCCUUUCUGAGCAGGUGUGCAUCUCGUUAAGAAAAACGCGCGAUCAGUUGUCGUCCCUUAUCGAAUGAAGCUGUUCCCGUUUAAUUUUGUGUCCGACGUUGCUCCCUCGAUAGUGUCAGGAUGGCAUGAAUGAAGAAAAAAAAAUAUGCGAGAGAAGCGAAUGGUGGUGCAUGAUGCGUAGAAGCUAACGUGUCGCGCUGUACGAAACUUAUUGCUAUCAGCCGUGCAGGUAACGUGAAGUGGCGCUAUCCUUGGCACAUUGGUCACGAUUCCAUACGAUCCUUGCGGAUUGUUCAUUACAGUUACGUUAGUUUCUCUCUCCCCGUGCGCCUCUAGGUAGUGUAAAGGCCCGCGCCCUGUAUUGGAAAAUUCGCCAUUUUCUCAGCUCUGGUUAGCUGAGGGAGCUUCUGCGCCCUGUCUGAUUGGCUUCAAAUGCCAGCGUGCUUGAAUUCGACAACACGUCAUAAAUUUGAUUAGCACCCUCUCUGAUGAGCUUUCAACAUGACUACACAAAAAUCGUCUAUACGAAAAGGGAAGAAAAGAAAACAAGGAGCGCAAUUUCUGGUUGAUGAUUGCGCAAGAAACAGGGUCCCUAGAAAUUCAGGCGAUAAACGCGAAAGCCGCACGACAAAGGCGGCGCUCGGUCAGUCGUCUGAUCUUCUAUGGCCUCGUAUUUUUUUUUCUUCUUCUUCUUCUUUGCACUCUCGCCAACCCUGAACACGAACCACCUCGCCCAAAUUUCGGUUCUCUUCGUUCAGGAAGCGCCCCCUCCCGGCUCUGACUGCGUGUCGUUGCACACCUCCGCGCGGGUCGUAGGAGUAGAUGCCGUCCUUUUAGCGAGAGAGCACGUCUUUCUCUCGUGUAGUGGUGUUUUACACAAGAAUGAUGCCUCACUGACGGGCCAUUUGCGUACUCAAUGUGACCUGUUCGACUGAGCCGGCUUCGCUGUUCGGGAAACCGCCCUCCCCGAAAGGCGGGAACGCCUUCGUUGCUUGUGGCGAAAGCCGGCCUAAACGCACACGCCCGUGCUGCUGCCGCUCGGAGCUGUACCCUCGGUGUGAUAAUCGUCGAUGUCGUGUUUGUGGUGGAAGUUAAAUGGCACAUGACACACCCUGUUUGUCGCUGCGUGAUGCGCCGUAGUCCGUUACCUUACUUUGGGCCAACGCGAAGGGCUUUUUGUACAGGUCCAUCGAUAGUGUGCCUGCGCCAGGAAACAAAAUGAACCGGUUGAUCUCUUGCAGUUUCUAAUUUUAUCAUUCAUCCUUUUACGAGGCGCAAGAUAUGCAGACGUUUCUGUGGAAGGACUUACGAAGUCUCUAGUGAGUUCAUCUUGCUCCUGGCCGCUGCAGGCUGACAGUUUUGUUUGUUGCGCUUGCGGAUUUUAGCGUGCAGUUGGUCCUGAGAAUGCUGGGUUUAUUCGGUACCAUCAAAGGCAGAUACGGUGUUGGCUUGGCAAGUAAUGACAAAGAUAAGCUCAGGUUUCAAAUUCGAAUGUCCAUUCCUGAAAUCAAAAAAAAAAAAAAAUUACUGAGUGAGUAACUGGGCACCAAGGUCAUCCACAUUCUUCGUUGAAUUUCUGCACGCUAGCUUCCGCGAAUGAGAGCAGCUUUUAAGCUCACUAUGUUCGAGCUAAGGAAUCAGUCAUCUUGUACAUAACACAUCGGCGAGACCUUAUGGUGCAGAAUAGGUGUUUGUCUGCGACUGGGUUAGGCUCCACUUGCAACGAAUUACAGCGGGUAACUUCUUUAUGGCCAGUUUUCUCGUUAGCCAGUCUAGAUACGUGAAUUCUUCUACUUCUACAAUACUGUACUUCUUGCCACAAACUAAAAGUCAUGACCACGUUUUCAUGUUUAUCAACUCAAGGUAAUUCUUGACAGAUGCUAAUGAUAUUCCAGUGAUUAUUAUCUUAUUCAAAUGUAAGCAGUUAGUUUGAAAUAACUCUGCAUUGGGAAUACUGGCUUGGAUUUUGCUAGUGGAAAGCUAAACAUCCACUCGCAUUCUUAGGCGCAUAUUGACCCCGUGUUAAGAAUGAGAGAGAGAACUGAGGCAAUAGCUGCAUCUAUUUCAAGGGAACCGUACCGUCGUAUACAGUAACACUCUACUAAUGAUUGUCGUUAUUCAUACAAACUGAAAGACGCUCCUAUCUGCUAGCUGAUUGGUCGAAAAGUAUAGCGCUUGUUAUCGUUGCAGUGACAUCGUACGAAGCUUGUUUUUGGACGAAUUCUCUUCCCCUUGGUUUUCCCUUCAGGAUAUUUUUGUCCGUGGAAUGUUGAUUAUAGCGAGAUUUAUCUCUUGGUGUUUGCCGGCUCGCGCGGUGUCCCAGUCCAUAUAUAAAUGAUCCAGGGUCGUGUCUAACGUCUGUCCUUCGCCCGUACCAGGAAUAACGUGAGGCUAUGCUGUUUCGAGCACUCGUAUAAGGUCGCCACGGUGUCCACGUGUUCACUUUGUCAUGAGUCUAACUUUCUCCCCCAGUGUUAGGUGUGUGAGUGUGCGAAUGACUGAUCAAUUUCUGUGUACGUCUCGUUCAUGAGAUGAUGGUUUCUGACGACAGCGUCAUGUUGUAAUUUCAGAGGAGACAAAGAAAAAAAAAGUAAACACAGCGCGUCAGCUUACGACGGCGUGUGUGAAUAUCCCUAUAGUACGAUCCCUCGGUAGGUGUGCUUUCUUGAGUGAUUUUAUUUUCUCUUUGAGAAAGUUUGAUAACGCGUGCUUUGGGUUGCUGCUCUCUCAUCAUGACCAAUUUGGUAUUUCACAGAAUGCCCAGAACUGUGCAAUCGAUUAUAAAGCUUCGCUCCCGCAUAAUACUACAUUUCCUGGAGAUCAAUCCGGCUCAAUUCAUGCUAAGAAUCUGAAUCGUGUUCUCAAUAGUCGUGUUAAUAAUAAAACAGCAAUUAAUUGUCUCUGCGGUUAAUACGCUUUGUCGAAAGCUUGGUGAAACGAUCGAAACGAAAACAGUUUGUUAAUGUGCCUAGAUCUUUACACCGACCACGAAAGAUAAUUUAUUCACGAAACAAAAUACUUGUUUCCUGGAACCGAGAAAGCGAAACGCUAAGUUAUCUUUAUACAGUUGAACUUCUCUCAUAUCUGCAUUAACUCCGGUGUCGAGCGACGCAGUAAAGUCGCGUGUGCUGAAACUUGUGCAUAGUUUGCUUUAUUCGUAUUUACACUACUCACAACUAUCGGCUCUGGAGACUAGGUAGGCACGUGACGGAUUCGUGCGGCGCUCACAUAUUUAGGUUUGUGCUUUUUUUCGAAGAAUCAGUCGAAGUAACGUUCUAUUUAAAAAAAAACGACCAACAAAACAACUCACCAUGAUUUCUUUUUCAUUUCAUAUUUGUGUUUCUAUCUUAAAGCGAAGGUCGGCAAUACUCGUUUAGGUUGAACGGGGGGUGCAUAAAACUGAGUCGACUAGAUGGUAAGGUGUAAGAGCAGCCUGCGUAACGAAACGAAUUGAGUUGUUUUACCCUGAGUUCUUUCCAUUUUAUGUUUCCUCAAAGGCGAACUCAUCUCCACGGGCCAGGCUAUUGUUGCUAAUUAAACUCUGGCGCCCUUUUAUGAACUCCAAUGUAAUAGAUAUAGAUAUCCUCUGAUAUGCCAGCGCAAUGUACCUGAAUUAUUUUUCGCGAAUGUUUACGUAGACACGAGUAUCUGUUAAACGUGUGCAUGCCAACUACGCUCUCUCUCGCUUUCCCCGGCCGGGAAACUACUUCUGCUCCACCUUUCUCGCUCUUUCUUUCUUUCUCUGUAAAAGAAAUCACGAACGGAAGUAAGCGCCCAUCCCCUCCCAAAAGAGACGACUGAGAGAAAUGGGAAGCCCAAGAUGCCGCGUCAAAGAGUAAGUAGUCCGGAACUCCCGGCUAGCAUCUCGCGUGGACACGGCCGCAAAAGCAAGUGUUCAAGCAACAUGUUGUACACUGCUUCGACAGCUGACUCUCUGGGACUGAGGCCAUGCAGUGUGCAGUGGAUCAGGAUUGAAGUCGCGUAUUUUACACCUUUGCCGCCACAAGCUAAUGGCGACACUGGUUAUUGCUCAAACGACUAAGAAGCGCGAACUGCGGAAGCCGGCAUGUGGGCAAUUGCGCGUGGUUGCAUCACGACAGUGACGUCAACAUUUCCGUCUCACCUAUUUCCACACAACCAAUGCGACAUAACAUGAGUUAGCUCUGUUAUGUGGUCGCUUCAGGGUAUCGCUGAAGUGAGAUUCGGCCAUUGAAGUCGAUUUAAUCUCUAAGGAAAGACCCGAAACUCGCCAUUUUAUGAACAAGCGUUGCCGUUCGUGUUCGCCUGCGAUGAACAACGUCAUCGGAAGUCGGAAAACAACAAAACGCUUCCGCUGUCCUGGCUUUAGCGAAAGCGUGCCUCUUCUCUCGAGAUCGGAUAUGCGACCACCAUCCCGCUAUGGAAAAAAAAAGAAAAAAAAAACACGAAAACGACGAACAUGUGCUUACGUCUCUACUGAGCUCCCCAACACGUUUGCAAUUACAUUCAUCCUUCUUUUCGAACGCCUGUUACGUUAUACAGGAACGUCACGUGGGUGGUUGUCGAUGAUGACGACGGAUUUCACUUCCCAACGCGUACAGGGCCGAGUCUUCGAAUGCCGCGCCGAGAGCUUCCGUUGGAAUUUCGUCGACUUAGUUGGCGACGGAACGUCGCACUUGCUAUAAUAUACCGAGUGCCACAUUUCGGGGCACGCUCCUUUCGCUCGGCGGUCUUAUGUUUUCAGAGUUGUCAUCUUCUUUUUCUGUAUGUUUUUUUUUUCUUCUUUGGAUCGAGGCGCUGCGGGCAGUGACGCAAAAAAAAAAAAAAAAAACUCGAGUCGCGAUAUCGCGAAACGCAUUGCGCCGCACCCACAUCACCCCCACCGCCCCUUGCACAUUUUAUGUGCGCAACAGGCGCGUUACCGCGUCGAGCGCGCCUGCCUCUGUAGCGGCAGGUUGCGGAAUCAAAGAAGCGCCCAGCUGUAGGAGUUUUCGCUCCGGCAGGUUUACACGGAGCGUGUUUGCAGGUCUGGAGGCGGUGUCCUGCGGCUCGCCAACCUGCGACCUCGGUGAUAGGUUUUUUGACCUCGGGUAUCUGUCGCGCGCUCCUGCUUAUGUAAACCUGUAGCAGGUCUCCCGCCAUUUUUAGGAGCGUCCCGGCGUCGGGUCCUCGUGGAUCAAUCUGCGGCGCGUCGCGCCGAGCGAGGCGCCGUGCCUUGCUGCGGUGCGCGCGUUCCGACGUGCGCCGUGGCGGAGCACGACGCUCGCUGCGCUCGACGCGUGCGAUUUCGCUGGGCUGUCGUACACCGCCUCAGGUCCUGCAGACUUUUCUUUCUCUCCCGUACUAUUUACCCCCCGCGUAGCUCAGUUCAGGCCAGCCAGCAGUACAGUAAGAAUAACGCAGUUUUACCGAAGCUUUCAGAGAGUCAAUCCCGUCGCCUCACUCGGAGGCGCCACCAUCUGAGGCAAGACAACUACCCACAGAGAAACAGAGAGGAUAUAAAUAUAUUAUAUAUAUAUACAUGCUUACGCGAGACACUAACACACACACGUAACACAGUGGAAACAGCCGAUUCUCUCUUUUUCCCAUUUUGUGUACAUAAGUGCUUACAAACUUCGUGUAUAUAAUCACAAACAUUACUGUGUUAGACCUAGUGCUCCUUUUUAUAAGUGCAUGACAAAGUGCAUGGCGAAUUCUCUCUAGGCAUGAAGGCCACACGGGGCGCAAGAGACAUCCGAUGUACAUAGAGACUCCACUACACACCGGUGUGCAUGAGACGCACUCUCUAGAACCUCCCCCGCCGUUGUGUCCUUGCGUCUUCCAGCGAGCCCGGUCCGAACUUUCCAGUGCCAGGCGGCGCUGCCCCUGGCUUCGUCGCCCGGCUAGCCACGUCACCAGAUGGCGACCUCCCCACGUCCGGCGCCACGCUGUCGGGAGGUGCACCUCGGUCCCCCAUUUCCUUCGUAGCUUUUCAUUAUAGUCUCGUUUCUUUUAAAAAAUCUUUCAUCCGAAACGCAGAGAGUCUCGCUUAGAAUGGCCGACCGCGGCCCCGUAAACGCUUAGCUGUCCUUGUCUUGUGCCGAGUCGCGUGCUUGCGCAGUCUAGCUGCCCUGUAGAAAAUGCGACGUUACACACGCAGACGUGAUUCGUCGUCAUGUGAGAUAAUCUCAAAGCCAGCGAGCUUCCCGCCUCCUCCCACCGUCGCUCGCAGCUUUCUGUCUCGUGUAUGUGCUCGUGCCACCGACCCCUCCUCAGCUUCCGCGUCGUCUCUCCCCGUCGGCACACCCGUCCCAAACUCUUUCUUUCUCUCUCUCUCUCUUGCGUGCACUUAGACACCCUUUCUUCCCGAAUAUCGUGACCGUGAGUGAUGCCCCCUACGUGGGGUGACGCUCUCCGCGACAGAAGUAUUUGCUCAGAUUUGUGCCCCGUCUAGUCGCACCGACUGCUUCGCUGGUUCCAUCUGUAUUCUGAAUCGUACAAACGGAGGAGGAGAAGGAAUUGAGAAGCAAACAAUGAUGAAGAGAGAGACGGAGAAGUGGAGAGAGAGAAAGAGCACAAUUUACUGCGCAGUUCUGCACUUGAGUAAUCGAGUAGAGAAACUCGUCCUCCUGUUAGCGCUUUGUAACCACGGUGGAGCUGCAGCAGCCGCAUUCCACAUAGUGAACUUAGCCAUGCCGCGUCUUUGACGACGGACUGUUCACCCAACAGCACCCCCAUGAACAGUGUGUGUCUUUCAUUGGGGUGCAACAUUGUUUUGUGUUUGUUUCUGUUCUUGUCUUGUAUAGCGUUACGUUCCCUUCCGUCAGAGGAAGCGGAACCGCCUGGGAAACACGUUACUCGACAAGACUGUUGUGCAGCCAAAGGCGUUUCCUGUUCCGUGGUGAAUUGUUACGCGCAUUGUAUAGGUUCCGGUUCACUCUGUUUGCUCCUCUUUCAGUGGCUCUUCUGUCUUCUCUGUUAUACACGAGCCGAGGUGAGGACAAUGUCCCCGUUUGUCUGAGAGCCUUUCUUCAGUGUUAUGAUGGCGUGACUGUUGGCCGAAUACCAUGUACUUAGAAUUUGAAGAGUAGACAAGAGUGUUUCUUGGGUGCUUCCCGGUGUAAUACAGGUUUUCGGAAUGCGGGAAACGUGUCUGUGUUAUGUUGUCACGUUUUGUUGUUUCCCGUAUAUUUGCUGUCAUCGGAGACUAUUUGCUCUUGUCACAGUGUCAUUUUUUUUUUGAGCGUAUGCAAUACGUGAAAUGCUCGUCACGUUCUAUCUUUACCGAAGUGUCUCACUUUGUUAGUUUGUUUCGUCAUCCUCACUUUCAACUUAGAAAACACAAGCCACUCAUAGAAAUGGUGCUGCAUUUGUGAAACCUCUAGUUCAUUCAGAACAGCAGGGAAGUGAAAUUUUCUCACCACAUACGCUGUUAAGUUUGUGCUCAGGCCUUGUACUACAUUUCCAACGAUAUGAUUGCGCUUUUUAUUUCGUUUUUGUCGUAGCUGUUAUUUUAUUUGUGGUUUGAGAAUAGUUCUUGACGGCAAUAAGACCUUUGUUUAUUAUCAAGUACAUAAGAAGUUUCGGGGUGUUUCUAUCGGCGUUCCCCCUUGCACCUGAUGUUCACCUAAACAAAGAACUCUUGCGUCGUUCUCACUAUUUAAAGGUAUACUUCCGCACACAGCACUGGCCGCCGUCUUUUCUAAUACGUUCCACGUCUGUGUCGUGUCAAGACACUUGAACUCGUUGAAUUCUGUAGUUUUGAUCUCCCCACGCACUUCAGUGAGCCUUAUCUCUCUCUCCCUCUGGCUGUAGAGUAACUCCUUGCGAACAUCAGUUGACACAUACGAGACGACCAUUUGAAAAGAGAAACAAAUUAUAUAACGUAGUCUUUUUAGCACUGUUACCCACAGCACAAGAUAAUGUGUCGGUGCUUGAUUAGCGUGUUUCGUGCGCGUCAUUACUCACGCUUCUACUCUUUAGGAAAGCGAGACGUCAAUGCAGGCAUUUAAAGGCUACGUUUCCUCCAGUUGUUGCCAAUCGAACAAAAAAAAAGUACCGCGCCGUGUCAGCAAUGGACGAUUGUUCGUUAAUCACUUAUUCCGGGCCGGUCUAGUGUUGAGAUGACAUGCUGCGUUUGACUGCAGGCCUGAAAAAACUCGGGCGCACACAAGCUGUCUUCAUCACCAGCGUAGACAUAGGCGAGUGCAUAUAGCAGGACGUUCUUUGUUAAUGCGUAUUUUAAGAGCUAACUAGGGAAUUGUGCGUCGUGAGUAAGUUGUUGAGCGCAGUAUGAACAGACAGCGAUUGCAUUGCCGGCUCUCAAAAGAAAAUGCCGCGUCGGGUUGUUUUCCCGCCUGCAGUCAAGAAGUCCCGGUCGGAAAGAAUACGCGAAUGAAGUCGAAGUUGUGAAACUAAUAAGCUUCGUUCAUUGACAUGUUAGGCUGUUCAUUUCAUCCAACGUUUAGCAGGUUACUGGAAAUAGCACUGUUCGGACUUGCAUCUCCCUCGUCUUCUUUUUAGUUUAACUUGACCUUGCGUUAAUGGGCUCAACCAUUGUGAUGAGUUCACAUUUUGUUUGAACGCACUACAUAGCCCAGGUAUUUUGGUGUUCAGUCUUCUGAUAUACAUGAAGUUGCCGCACUACUACUUAGAAAGAAAAAAAAAACCUAUCUUUCUGGCGGCUCUUCACUGGACUUCUUUGUCACGCGUACAAUGGCUCAAGUUUCUUACCACUUAGGGAAAUACACCUUUGUUCAACUAAGCUGUUUUAGGCGAAUAUGUUUGAUACGAGAGUGCUGAAAUAAAACGCUGAUUACACAACCGAC